AUGUUAAGCAAUCGUCUAUUUCUAACACUAGACUUUCAAAGGUUGCCUCGAUUCCGGUCGCUUUCAACGGAGAUGAAGCUGUUCGUGCUAGCCGCCCUUUUGACGAUCGCUUUGGUGAAUGCGGAUAUGGGUAGUGACAUGGAUAACGGCUACGUCGAGGAGGGAUCCGCCAUUGUGGAUAAUAUUCUUGCUGGAAACGGUGACAAGGAUGAUGGUUACCGCUCUCGUCGCCAAGCCGAGUCCGAGGAAGAAACGACUUCCGAACCAACAACAGAACCCGAAGACGCCACCACCACAACCACUGCUACAACGACGACCACCGAAGCCAACAAGAAGUGCAAAGCAGCGGCGCAGUGCGAAAGCAACGACGACUGCAAUGGAGGAUCAUGCCUUGGCUUCCUUCCUGGACGUUGUAACUGUAAUGCAUGCAUUGGCUUCUUCCCAUGCAAGGAUGAUACCGCCUGUGGAGGACUUCAAGGGGCGUGCAACACUACGAAGAAGGUGUGCGACUGUGAAGCGGCGUACAAGACUCAUGGUUACGCCACAGUCCUGGAUCGUCUGACAAAGUUCUGCAACAAGAUGACUUGUGCCACCGGUGGAUGCAACGGACUCAAGUGCAACAAAGGAUUCUGCGCGUGCAACACCAAGCCAGCGAAGAAGGAU